AUGAAAACUUACAUAGGAAAGUACCCAGUAAGCCAGGGCGACGAGUUUGAUGAGUCGACAUUGCCGGCAUUCAUGGAGAGACAUCCCUAUCUCAACGCGGCUCCAUUGCCAACGUUCGACGGCGAAUCCGGACGCUACAUCGCGUCGGCGUCGCCAUUGUGGCGUGGUGGAGGGAUGAAAACUUUGUGGUGGGAUAUGAUCCAGCAGCAGACCUCAGACAACGCGGUGAUCAUUAGCUUAAUGGAGCGAAACGAGGAGCCGGACCCCGACUAUAUCCGCGAAACAACCGACACGCUGAUCCCUCCCAACGAAGCGAAUCCCACAGUCGCGUACGAGUUGGAGGCAAACGGAGACGAAACCUGCAACGUGAAAUACACCGUGUCGUUAGUGAGCAGCGAAUCGCCCAUUAAGAACGUCCUCGAGUAUCGACAACUUCGUCUGCAGUAUCGAGGCCAAUCCCGCAAUCUUCACUACAUCCACUACCCGGGGUGGGCAAACGAACAAGGUAUCGGCAACCAAAAUAUGAAGGCUUUGAUCGAUCUGGUCAACAAGAAGCAAGGCGGUACAAAUCCCAUGGUGGUGAGCUGUCUGAGAGGCAAGGGCCGGACUGGGACCUUCAUUGAGGCCCGGGAGACAUGGAACCUGGCAAUGGCCGCAGCCAAAAAGCACAAGAACUGGCUGGCAGAGCAAAAGCAGUCUCCAUUCCUCACUUACACCAAGGCAAUGCGGAAAAUUCGCUCUGGGAUGGUUGAUAGCUCAAGUCAGUAUCGAUUCUUGAAAUCUUGGGCCCAAUUCGUCUGGGAUGAGGUGCAAAAGAUCUUGGAUGAAAAUUGA